GAAGCUCACCGAAGAAGAAGGUGAGAGCAUUAGAAACAGUGGAUAAUUGAAUUGAAUUGAAUGGCUUCUCCACCAGACACGAGCAAGAGCAUAAAGCUAGAGAGAUACAACAGCUACAUACGGAGAGUGAACAGCACGAAGCUGCUAAACGCGUCAUCCAAACUCCUAUUCCGCGCAACACUCCUCGUAGCACUCAUCCUCGUAUUCCUCUUCACCUUCAACUACCCACCACUCGCCGACACCAACCGCCACCUCCACACCCACAACCACUUCCUCUCCACCGCAUUCGGUGGCGGUGCCGCUUGGGAGAAGCAGGUGCGCCACUCCUCCACCCCCCGCCGCCCCAACGGCAUCUCCGUCCUCGUCACCGGAGCCGCCGGCUUCGUCGGGACCCACUGUUCCCUCGCCCUCAAGAAGCGCGGCGACGGUGUGCUGGGCCUCGACAACUUCAACACCUACUACGACCCCUCGCUGAAGCGGGCGAGGCAAGCAGUGCUGGCGAAGCACCAAGUCUUCGUGGUGGAAGGGGACCUAAACGACACGCCGUUGCUGGCAAAACUCUUCGACGUCGUGGCGUUUACCCACAUCCUCCAUCUGGCGGCACAGGCAGGGGUGCGCUACGCCAUGCAGAACCCGCAAUCAUACGUGAGCUCAAACAUUGCAGGUUUCGUGAACCUUCUAGAAGUCGCUAAAGCGGCGAACCCCCAACCCUCCAUCGUGUGGGCCUCUUCCAGCUCUGUCUACGGCCUCAACACGCAGAACCCCUUCUCCGAGCUCCACCGCACCGACCAGCCGGCAAGCCUCUACGCCGCCACCAAGAAAGCCGGCGAGGAAAUCGCUCACACCUACAACCACAUUUACGGUCUCUCCCUCACCGGCCUCCGCUUCUUCACCGUGUACGGGCCCUGGGGGAGACCCGACAUGGCCUACUUCUUCUUCACCAAGGACAUCCUUCAGGGCAAGUCCAUCGACGUUUACCAGACGCAGGACGGCAAGGAGGUGGCGCGUGACUUCACCUACGUCGACGAUGUCGUGAAGGGGUGUCUCGGGGCCCUCGACACAGCGGAGAAGAGCACCGGCAGCGGCGGCAAGAAGCGUGGCCCUGCCCAGCUGAGGAUUUACAAUCUCGGGAACACCUCGCCGGUGCCGGUGGGAAGGUUGGUGUCGAUUCUGGAGGGUUUGUUAAACACGAAAGCAAAGAAGCACGUGAUAAAGAUGCCGCGAAACGGUGACGUUCCGUACACGCACGCGAAUGUGAGCUUGGCUUUCAGGGACUUUGGGUACAAACCGACGACGGAUCUGGCCACCGGUUUGAGGAAGUUCGUGAAGUGGUACGUUGGUUAUUACGGGAUCCAGGGAAGGGUAAAAAAGGAAACUCGCCUCGACAAUGAGCUACCCGAGGAUUCCGCUUGAUUGCUUUCCUUUCCACAUGCCCCUCUCUCUCUCUCUCACUCUCUUUUUUCGGUUGUUAAUUACCAAAGAUUAAAAAAAAAAACUCAACCUUUCAUUUUUCUUUCUUUUGCUUUUGUUUAAUUAUU